UGGAAGAUGGAUAACAUGAGAUGUUGUGCAAUGUCUAAGCUCGGAAGCACCAUGGCCACAGCUCUGCUCUCCCCUCCUCCCUCCUUUCCUCUGUGCUCACUUCUCUCUUCUUCUAGAUAUCACUGCCAGAUUUCUAGAAGUAAUGGUAAAAAUCAAUCUUCAAAGAAAGCCAACCUUGUUGUUUACUCUUCUCAAAUUCCCAAUUCUAGAAACAGCUUGCUGAGAAGGGAUUUGUUGCUGUUUGGCCUCUUCUCCCACCCGGCUGUCUUCUUCCCACCCUCCGAUUUGCUUGCUGAAGUUGAGUUGAAUGAAGAUGUGAAGAUGGGCUUACUUGUUGAUGACAUAAAUGCUUAUUCUUUCCAAUACCCUAUGGAGUUGCCUAAGAAGAAGUUCUCCUUCAAAUGGGUGGAAUCCAGAAAACCAGAACGAUAUUCAUCCGCUGCACCACUCUCACCUAAUGCUCGACAGCGAAUUGUAUCUGAGCGUGUUGACAUGAUCCAUAACCUUGUUAUUUCUGUAUCGGUUGGUCCUCCCAAUUCACGUCUUCUCACUUCAAAAGACAAAAACACUUGGAAUGCAAAAGAUGUUGCAGAUUCUGUUUUGUCUGACAAGUCUGCUCUGCCAGUUGCAACAAGCCAGCGUAUGGUUGAGAGUUCUGUUCUUGAUGCACAUUCAAGCAUAGUUGAUGGUGAGCCUUAUUGGUACUAUGAGUACAUUGUUCGAAAGUCACCCACCCCGACUGUGCAAGAAUCCAACCUUUACAGGCAUAAUCUGGCUGCGACAGCUGAGAGAGAUGGCUAUUUAUACUCUUUGAACGCUUCAACUUUAAGCAAGCAAUGGGAGUUUAUGGGACCCUACUUGGAGAAAACAGUGGCUUCCUUUCGCCUUGUUCCACCCACAGACAAUUAUGUUCCUCCAUAUAAGGAUCCUUGGAGAUUUUGGUGAUGAUUUUUUAUCGUUCGUUUUUUAGAAAUGACUUAAACUCUGACAAUUUUUUGUAAGUGAGCGUCACUCCAAUUUUUUAUCGUUUUAUCUUUUUUCAAUACUGAGCAGUGAGUGAUAUUAGUUAGAGCAAUCAGUUCUCUUUCUCCAUUCUGUAAGUCAAUAAACUUGUGUGGAUUGAUUGCCACCUUUGCUGUGUGUGCAUUUUUGAAAGUCGUGCUGAUGUGACCAGCCAGCCUACCUCCCUGCAGACAUGAGAGGCCGCUAGCUGUUUGUUGUAUUAUUGAUUUAUUGUUAUUGAAUUCUGUGGUUCCCUCC